AUGGAACAACCGUUUUUGGGAGUCGAGACCCAGAUAGAGCCCCAGAUCAACCCGUCGCCCCACCAGUCCCACGCCAACGCAAGCAACACCCAGCCACGCGUGACCCCCAACGACCAUGGGACCAAGUCUGCCACCGACUUUGAUCUCUCCAACCCAUCCAAUCCCUCCAUCGCAUCCGCCCAGGCGCUUCUACACACUGACGCCCGUUUCCAGCAGCCCUACCAGCAGCAGUACCCGCAGCUCCACCCACAGCAGCCCAUGAAUAUGCCGGGGACGUACCAACUCCACCACCUUCCAUCAGGGACGCACCUCCAGCAGAUGCCCAUUGGCGGUCAGCAGUACAACAGUGCGCUCCAGCAGUUGCCUCCGCCGCAGCUCCCGCUGGCGCACCACAUGCCGCAGCAGCUCAGUCUGCGUGGCUACCCCAUGGAACAGCGGUAUGACGACGCAGGCGGUGCCAGCGCCCAAAGCUCGCCCAGCGCUACCUACACCGAGAAGGGGUUAGUGGCGCCCAUUCCGCCACUCCACAUUCAACAGCAGCUUGUGAAUGGCGCAGGCGACACGCCUGCGCCGGUAGUGAAGCAAGACCCGCAGCCCAGCACCGAAAAGGCGCCAGCAGCAGAGGCUGGCGCCGAGGUGCCGGCCGACCAGUUGUUCCGGCUGUCAUGCUCGCGGUGCAAGAAGGAGUUUGACCAGCCCAUCAUUAUUCCUCAAAGUAACCAAGACGGCGGCCAGACCAAGUUUCUCGCUGAGCCCAAGAUCUUCAAGUUGUGCCAGCACUGCCGGGACCUCCAGCGCCAGCGGUCGCGCAGGUGGCAGAAGAAGACCAAGGACAAGCUAGGCGCGUGCCGUCGGUGUGGCUCGGACAUUCCGCCCGAGGAACAGCGGUACGUGUUGUGUCCGUCAUGCCGUCUGAACUUGCGUAAGCGGAAGGCGAACCGUGCCGCCCAGGGGCGAUGCGUGCAUUGUUCCGGACCGUUGAGUGCCUCCAUCAUUACUGACGAGAAGAAGCGGUCGGUGUCGCCUCCUGGUAGCGGAGGCGGCAGUGGUGGCGGCACUGACGCGGCUAAGGCCAAGGACCGAUCCAAGGUGGGCAACUACAAGGUGUGCGAGCGGUGCCGUGAGAACGACAAGAUCCGCCGUACCAACUUGGAGAAGUUGGGCAACUGCAAUCGGUGUGCAAAGUCUUUGGACGCCAAGGACAUCGGCAAGCACAAGGUUUGUGCAUCGUGCAGAACCCGCAAGAAGAAGCUUUCACAGAACAUCAACAUCACCAGUAACAAUGGUCUGAUCAGCCGCUUGCAGAGCAUUUCCAGCGCAGGAAGCGCUGGUGCCAACGGCUCGGUGCCGUUGCCCAUGCAGGCGCUCGCUGGUCAGGACCUGGCUCACGGAAUGAUUACCGCGUUGCCCCCUACCGCCAACGUCAUUGCCCAGCCUCCUAUGGGCAUGAUUUCAUCUGAUAUGGGCAUGAUGUCCAACGGAAACGGCAGCGUGCCAUAUGCGUCGGUGCCAAUGGCCCAACACUACACCACGGCGCAGUAUGUGCAAGCUCAGGCACAGGUGCAGUAUAACCAGGCAGUGGUGCAGCAGCAGGCGUUCAACCAGGCGAUGGCGCAGGCCCAGCAGCAGCAACAGCAACAGCAGCAACAGCAGCAGCAGCAACAACAACAACAACAACAACAGCAGCAGGCAGUAGCGGUGCAUAACGCCAGACAGCUCCAGCAGCAGCAGCUUCAGCAGCAGCAGCAGCAAUAUUCAGCCUUGGGCCAACCAAAGGCUGAGGACUUUUCGCCAUACGCUGUGAACCAGCACCAAUCAUAG